AUGUCUGAGGGAGCUCUGAAGCCCGAGAAGGACUUCUCGAAGGAGGUUGACCAGCAGCUUCCCGAAGCUGAGAAGUUGGCUGCGUCCAACAACCUUCAGGGUGCGAUUGAGAAGCUCGUUGCGCUUGAGAAGCAGACCCGACAAGCCUCCGAUCUUGCGUCGACAUCCCGAGUACUCGUCGCCAUCGUUACACUUUGCAAAAAUGCCGCCGACUGGAGCUUGAUGAACGACCAGACCCUGGUCCUGUCCAAGAAGCACAGCCAGCUGAAGCAAGCCAUUACCAAGAUGGUCCAGACCGUCAUGGGCUUCCUUGACGAGACCCCCGAUCUCAAGACCAAGCUUACCGUUAUCGAGACUCUGCGAACAGUAACAGAGGGCAAGAUCUUUGUCGAGGUCGAGCGCGCUCGCGUUACCAAGAUCCUUUCCGACAUCAAGAAGGAGCAGGGAGACCUCAAGGCCGCCACUGAGAUUCUCUGCGAGUUGCAGGUCGAGACCUUUGGAUCUAUGGACAGGCGAGAGAAGACGGAGUUCAUUCUGGCCCAGGUUGCGCUUUGCAUCGAGAGCGAGGACUGGACACAGGCUGGCAUUUUGGGCCGCAAGAUCAGCACACGAUACCUUUCACGGAAGGUGAAGAAGACUCCCGAGCAGCUGGAGAAGGAACAGAAGGAGCGCGAGAAGAAGAAGGCCCGUGGCGAGGAGGUACCCGAAGUGAAGGAGGACGACACAACCGACCUUAAGCUCCGCUACUACGAGCAACAGAUCAUCCUCGCCAAGCAUGACGAGAAGUACCUCGAUGUUUGCAAGCACUACCGACAGGUCUUGGACACGGAGGCGGUGGAAGAUGACCCCGCCAAGCUGCACCCUGUUCUGCAGCGAAUCAUUUACUUUGUCAUUCUGGCCCCCUAUGACAACGAACAACACGAUCUCCUCCACCGCAUCCACAAGGACACCCGCAACACUCAGGUUGCGGCCGACGCUGAGCUUCUCCGGCUCUUCACCGUCCACGAGCUGAUGCGAUGGCCGGAGAUUUCCAAGAAGUUCGGUCCCCAACUGUGCAGCACCGAUGUGUUCGAUGUUCAGGCUGGCCAGUCAUCAGACGAGAAGGCGCACCAGAGGUGGAAGGAUCUGCGAAAACGGGUCAUUGAGCACAACGUCCGCGUUGUUGCCAAAUACUACACCCGCAUUCAGAUGGGUCGACUCACCCAGCUGCUCGAUCUCGACGAGGAUGAGACGGAGAAGUACAUUAGUGAGCUCGUCACAUCCAAGACGGUCUACGCCAAGAUCGACCGGCCUGCCCAGGUUGUCAGCUUCGCGAAGCCCCGGGAUGCCGAUGAUAUCCUGAACGAGUGGAGCCACAACAUGAAGAGCCUCCUAGGCCACCUGGAGAGGAUUGAUCAUCUCAUCACCAAGGAAGAGAUGAUGGCUCGUAUUCAACCUGCAAGCGGAAAAUAA